ACUUUGAGGAGAUCCAAAUGGUGGCAGCCCAGGAUCUCAGUAACAUCUUGAAACAAGGCUACCUGGAGAAGAAACGACGAGGUACUUAGAUGAUUUAGACUAUUAUAAUAGACAUAUGGAAUGUUGAGUCAUUUACAGACUUGUAGGAAGAAUGACAUGAUUUGUUCUUUUCAUUCCGUUUUCCAUUUAGAUCACAGCUUCUUCAGCUUAGAAUGGCAAAAGCGAUGGUGUGUCCUUAAUAACACAAUAUUCUACUACUUUGGGAGUGACAAAGGUUGGUUUGAAACCCUCACAUCACACUAAAGCAGACCAUUUAUCCAUGUAGUUAUUUAUGCCUGGAACUCAUACAUGUGAACAUUUGGGUGAGGGGAUUGAGUUGACACUUCUUCCUUCAGACAAGCAGCAGAAGGGCUCCUUCUAUAUCAAUGGCUACAGCGCAGAGCUGGUGGCCAACCUACGUAAAGACUCUAAGAAGAAUGCCUGCUUUGAGCUGAGUGCCCCUGACCGACGCUCCUUCCAGGUGGGUGUACAGUACAAUAACGAUACGACUGACUCCUAACAAUGGGAUUGAAUGACAGUAAUGUUUCAUAGCAUACCAGUCUGACCUAAUGAUCAUACUGUAUGAUGGUGACUAUCCUCCCCAGUUCACUGCUAGCAGUCCGCGAGAGGCCAGGGAAUGGGUGGACCAGAUCAACUUUGUCCUGAAAGGUAUGUCAACAUAUUUCCAAAGCUAUUUCAAAGACACAGUAGUAUGUUAUAGUGAUAAUUGUGUACGUUUUCUUGUCCUCUGUUAGAUUGGUAUUGCCUCACUGACUUUUUGGCCUGAAAGGGCAGAAAACAAACCAUUUAUAUCCAUUCCCAAAUAUAUCCAUCCCCAAAACAACCAAUCAGAUGCCUUCCGAACCUCCUCAUCCGCCACGUCACAAGGCAUUCAUGUCAUGCGUCCCCCCCCCCCCAAAUGAUUUCCCCCUUACGGGAAAUUGAUUGGUGGUUGUUCUGGUUAUCCUCUAGCGGCAUUGAUUUCUGCCUGGCCCAUGGUGCAUCACAGAGGACCUGAUACCCUGUGUUGCAGUGCCCAGUCGCCAGCAAUCACAGCGCUGCUCCAUCUGAGCGAGGCGGGCUGCACCGGCUGCUCUUAAAGGGGCUGAUUUGCGGGAUGUAACAGACACCCCAUCAUUUGUCUUGUCCUCUUUUACUACUAAACAAGACCCAGAUAUACAUGGAGUUCGAGGCAAAUAUUUUGCUCUCUGUUGUUUGCUGUGGAUUUAUGCUGGGUAGAUUUUUCCUUUUUCCCGCCAGCUGUUCAUCAAAGCUGUCCACUAAUGUCCAAUAGAAUGGCUAGAUGUUUCACAGAUAUAUUUUUUUAAUAUCAUCAAAUGGGGAAGUCAGUGGACGCCAUCUUCUACUCUGGGUCCUAUGGAUACUCAAUUGGUUAUAGCUCAUGCUGUGCUCGAUUUAGAGACACUGCUCAUUAUUUUAUGCCGUGUCUGUGUCCCAUGCAGAUUUGAGUUCCAGCUUCAUCCCCUUUGAUGACGAUGAGGAAGAGGAAGAGGAAGAGGAGGAGGAGACCUAUGAUGACAUUGAGGGGGUGACCGGGGUGGCCAGCCCUCCCACUCGGCCCACCCCCGCCCCUGUCCCCGUCCUGUCCCAGCAGGCCAAAGCCUCUCUCAGUAGCCAGGAGGAAUGGAGGCCCAGGCAGGGGGGGCAAGAGGGGGAGGAGGAAGAAGAGGAGGAUGAUAUCUACGAGGUGCUCCCAGGUAUGAGAACACACACACACACACACACACACACACACACAUUCUCAUAACCCCUCAGAGAUGCAACACUAUCACUGUAACUCAAAGACUAAUUACACAUUAUAAAUCAUGUUAUCCUAAUAAGAGUGUCAGAGAUCUGGCUGCUGUUACAGAAGAAAUACAGGACUGUCCCACAGGCAGGUGGGUGGCUAAAGGGAUCCUGAGAAUGACCAUAGGGGGCGACUUCUCGGUGUCAUUAUCCAUCACUCCAUUUAAGAUACAUCAAGAUUCUGUUUCCCCUUUGCCGAAAUCAUUGAUUGGAGAGAUAUGUGUCUUGCCUUUUCACCAUAAAAAGACAUCUGGGUUGGGUACAGACCCUGACCACAGAUGGUGUAUCGAAUGACAGUCUUUUUCUUUCACUUUCUCACCCUAUCACCUAUCAAUCUCUCUUUCCUUCUUUGGUCGCUCUCAGAUUUUCUUAAAAGGCACUGGACAUCGUGCAUUGAUUACAAACCUUGUUCUUUUCACAUAUUCCUUUUAAAGACUGACAAGAAAGAUAUUUUCCUAUUAUUAUAAUUAUUGUAACAAGUUAACUUUUUAAUGGGUAACCAUGGCUGUUAAGUUGGUGCAGUAGGUGUAUUGGUCAGUGGUGUGCGUGUGCGUGCGUGUGCGUGUGUGCAUGCGUGUGUGUGUGUGUGUGUGUGCGUGCACAUGUGCAUCUUUGUGUGUGUGUCUUUUCCCUGCUGUUACUGGAAGCAGAGGGCAGGUUGUUCUGGAGGGUGUAUAGGGUUGCUGGCUGGUGGCUUUACUGUCAGACUGACAGCGUGACGAUGGAUGUGGGAGACAGAGAGCAGGGAUAUCACUGUCACCUCUCAGACCACGAGGUGCCACGCCCGUAAUCAAUGUCACAUCUCCCUCUAAGGCUAAGGAGGUUGAGAAGUGUCCCCUUUAGACAUUUGGUUCAUGUGAUUCAAAAUUAACAGUAGCAUAUGGUAAAAAAUGUAAACUCUGUUGUUCAUUGGAAUGUGGUGAAGUGCACAUCCCUGCUUGUCUGGGCAAUUGAUUAGCACUGUUAAAACGUAAGGUAGAGUAAGUGCCCUAUUGGCUGCAUGUAAACAGGGCCAGCCAGCUCAUUAGGCAGGAUUAGGCGGCCGCCUAAUCCUGCCAGAUUGACGAGGGCGGCAUUUUCUGAUCUAAACUGAACAAGACGCACCUCCAACAACAACACAUAAAACAUCACAUAAUUCUGCCCAAAAACAAUGACAAUUUCUCCCAACCAGUGGCAUAUGGUCUUUUUAGGUGAGCGCUGAUGACCCCCUGUGAUAAGCAGUGCCCAUGUUGUGAAAGGCAGGGACGCAAAAUAUUUUGCUUGUCCAUUCCCAGCGCACCUCUCCAGGGUGUUGUUGGAGAGACGCAUUGCUGCGGUGCUCCACCAACGUUCCGUCAAAACAAUCAUUUAACAUAGCAGAUAUAGGAUAUGGUAGAAAUAGUAUGUGGCCUUUUCUGUAGCCUACAGGCUGCAGAUAAAAUGUAUGACAAUGUAAUGAGACAGACACUUUUUACAUCAUGCAGGUUUCUCCGAUCAAAUAGCCUAACCUAAAUGGCGCUCAAGCAAAUAAAAAAAUGCACUGUCAUGUCAGCAAACAACAUAUCCUAAAAACAGGACAGGUCAAUGUAAAAUGGACAACUGUUGUCCAGGAGUUUCACCCCAUUGUCAUGAUCAGGGGUUUCAAGUUUGUAUCCGUCAAUUGUUUUUGACAUGCUGAUCAUAGCGAAAAAGAAAAUACUUCUGCAUUUCCCACUGUGUUAACAAAUUGCAAAUAGGCUCACGAUAACUCCUGAUAAAGUUGGGCAGCUGAUAUUCAGAGCUUAAAUAGCCAAAUUGAUUAGUCACAGGAAUCUUGACUAAUAAAGCCAACGCAAUGGCCUGUUUUACAAACGGUGGGCCUACCACAUGGAUGGGCAUUCAUAAAAUUCCAUUGCGGGCUGACAUUGUAGGCUACACCCCAUUAUUUUCCACUUUCAUUCAGAACCAAAAAUGAACAAGAUUUCAACGUCCUGAAAAUAUGUAUUUUAAACAUACAGAAAAUACCCUUUCACCUUUCAUUCAGAACCUAACUUCAACAUCUGGAAAAUACGUAUUUUUGAUAUCUUUUCAACGUCAUUUUGCUUACUGGGACUAUUCGAGUUUUGCGUGGGGAAGGCAUUUUUUGGUCUCGCCUAGGGCGACAGAACGGCAAGGACCGGCCCUGGUGGAAGUAUGUAGUGGUGUCCAGGGCCAAGGGAGGUGGUGGAAGACAGGUGGUACCCACAUCUCCACAAUACAGAAAGUGCAUAAUCUUUUUCAGGAAAGGUCUUGGAAUUUCUCACCUCUUUUGUUUUCAUCCUGUUUUCCAGACGAUGACUUUCCAGAACCCAUUGAGGAGAUCAGUGAGAAGAGCACCAAACCAGGUCUGAACCCCACUCAGAGCACGCAUUGACCAGCAAAAUAGGAAAGUAAAAAAAAAAAAUCUGAAUGUAUAAAUGUUGGAUACCCUUUCAACAAUCUGUAUCAACUUUUUGUCUUCCACAGGGUCCUCUUUGUCAGCAUUUGUCAGCAGUUUAUGUUAAUACAAAAUAGAUGAGGGCAUGAAGGAAAUUAGAUAUCAGCAAGCUGCUGUUCUAGAGAGGAGGUGUUUAGGUGUGACUUUUAUAGAGAUAAAGAUCAUUAGUGAUAGGGGUAUUAGUCACUAUUAAAGUUAUUCAAAGUGUUUUGAUAUGUAGACUUUUGGUUCAAAUGAAAUAUUUUAGGUAACAGCAUUGUGUGUUUUUCCUUAGUCUGGUCCAUGGACUAUGCCAACUACUACCAGGGCUUGUGGGACUGUGAGGCAGAUGAGCCUGAUGAGCUGGCCUUCCAGAGAGGUGACCUCAUCUAUAUCGUCAGU